AUGCCUGCGAAUCCACCGUAUAUCACAUCUCGCGCAAAGUCAAGGCACACGAUCAAUUUUGGUUUAAAGGCCAGUCGUACUCCCUGGGACAUGCUUGACAUAGGGUCCGACCGCGAACCCUUCGUUCAAGAAUUCGUGGGUGGCACAGUAUACCAAGCGUUCCUGGGCCCCCAGGACUAUCACCGCUGGCACGCAGGUGCAGAGCCAGGCGACCCCGAUCUUGCUGAAGGCGAUCCACACGGUUCUCUGCUCCGCUCGCAGGCAUGGCACGCCACACGCGCUAUCAUCUUCAUUCAAGCCGACAACCCUGACAUUGGUCUUAUGUGCUUCAUCGGAGUGGGAAUGGUCGAGGUGUCUACCUGUAUUAUCAGCGUCGAUGAACAACAGAAAGUCCAGACCGGCGACCAGCUUGGGAUGUUCCGCUUCGGCGGCUCAACCCAUGUCUUGCUAUCUGGUCCUCAGGCCAACAUCACUUUCGCCGACCAUGUCAUUCCUGACACUCACAUUUUGGUUAACUCCAUCCUCGCUCAAGUAUCUCCUGCCAACUGA